AUGUUCCAACUUAUAUCUCAAACUUCCGACUGGUAUAACCUGAGUGACGAGGAGAUGAAGAUGUACCUAGACCAGAUCCAAGUCCCUGGCAACGCAAAUAGAAUAGAUCUUUCUGUCAGCCACUUCCUCAAGAUCAACACAGACAGUGAGGACACAGUCAAGAUGCGAAGUUCUCUGGCCCUGGACACAUACGACUACGUCCUGGCGGCGGUGAACAACCGUGAGGACGAGACGAGAGAAGGCGGAACCCACUGGUCUCUAUUAGUGUACACCAGGGAGAGUAACACAUACUACCAUCUGGACAGCGUGGAGCCCCUGAACUGCCCCCACGCGCAGAGACUGGCAGUAGCGCUUAGUGGUGACCCUGACGUCAACGUGGUACAGAUGCAAUGCCGUCAAUUGAAAAGUGGAGUAGAGUGUGGUGGUUAUGUGGUUCACUAUAUUGAACUUACAUGUUCAAUGAUAGUGAACAUCAGCAUCAAAGCGUUCUCUGACAUUCCAUCGGACUUUGAGAGAGCCACCGUUAUCUGCAGAGAGAAUACCAUACAAUAA